AUAUUACCUUUCUAUCCUCGACUAUAUUGAUUUUAGUCUAAUGCUGGUCUGGUCUCUAUCUCGAUUAAGAAAUCCUGCCCUUACUCAAAGAGAGACGGUUUGAAAAUCCGAUUUGAAUGAUCGAAUUAUCAUUCUUAAAAAGACACCUGCUCUAAUGGGUUGGGGUCUCACAAUACGAUGCCCAAGUAGAUACCUCGAAUUCACUCUUUCUCACCAUGGCAAAUCUCUCACUACCUUACAUACUUUCUCUCAUUCUACUUGCACUGUCAUUUCCCGAUAAAACAUUCUGCAUUCGGUUUCCUGAUCGGAUCACGAAUACCGUUCAGAACCAACCGGACAGCCCCUUAAACACUGCCGUUUUCGCCCUUGGCUCCUUCUGGAGAUCGGAAGCCGUUUUCGGAUGCUUAAAUGGAGUCGUGCGUACCACCGCUGGAUACGCUGGCGGAUCCAAAACCAACCCUGAAUUUCGGAGCUUGGGUGAUCAUGCCGAGUCCGUUCUGGUUGAGUACGAUCCUAGGUUGAUCACUUUUAGGCAACUUUUGGAGGUUUUUUGGUCAAGUCAUGAUUGUAGGCAAGUAUUUGGGCAAGGUCCUGACGUGGGUAAUCAAUACAGGUCUAUUAUUUUCACUAGUGGAACAGAUGAGUCUAGAUUGGCUGCUCUUAGCAAAGAAAAAGAGCAAAUGAAGUCGAAGAGGAGCAUCGUGGCUACUCAAAUUCAAAAACUUGGAAAUUUUUAUCCUGCAGAGCCUGAGCAUCAGAAAUUUGAGCUCAAACGGAACCCUUUCCUUCUUCAGCUGAUGGGAAACUUACCACAAGAGGAGCUUGAGAAGUCAAGUCUGGCUGCAAAACUAAACGGCUAUGCAGCAGAGCUUUGCCCUCCAAAGGUUCAGAAGCUGAUUGAUGAUAAGAUCAAAGGUUCCAAUUAGGUGAAAAGUAAUCACAUCAGUAAGAGUUCUGAUUCACGGUGGUUUUUGGGGGAUUGGUAUCCUGUGAUAAUGUGGAGGAGGUGCAAUGCAAAAUGAUUCCUUUUAAGAUUGGAUUCGAACCAAUUCAGUUGGGUUUGAUUCAAACUUUAGAGUUUUAGUUUGAUAACAAGAUUCAAAUUUGACUCAAAUCUCUUUCAGUAACAUUUUUUAUCCUAUUGAUAAUAUUAUUCAUUUCGUCAA